CAUUUUAUUUCAAAAUACUUUGAAAAUUCAUUAAUGUAAAUGCACGAAAGCUUUGGCUUUCUCUAAGACAGAAAAUGGGAAAGGGAGAUGCUACACUUUAUGAAAAUGUUUGCAGGUGUGAUAGGGAGGCGGAGAAUGGAGGAUGAAAUGGGGAGAGGAAGGGAGCUGGGAGGGGAAACGUCCCAUCCAGAGCAAGUCCCAUUGAUUUGUUCCUUAUCCCAGUUAAGGUGUUCUUCUUAUUUGGGCGUUUCAGUCUCUGGCAAGCCGGGAUCCAGGCGUCUUCAGGAUGCCCCCCCCCCCGGCCUGCGCCUUCUCCGCCUGGCUCUCUCUCGGCAGGGAGGCUGAGCGGGCUCCUUCGGCUGCAGAAACAUGGCUGGAGCCCGAAGUCGGAUUCGGGAGAGGAACUCGUAGGCUGCGCUUUUGUGGCGCUCCUGCAGCUGCGGGUCUCUUUUGCUGAGGCGGUUUCCCCCUCUUCGCCGUUUUCUAGUUUUGCUUCCGAUCUGAAUGUUUUGCUAUGAGCAGCCUGGGCGCACUUUUCUACGCCAAGGGCGAGACGUGUAAACGUUUGGAAAGAAAGCGGCGCUGACCCGAAGGCGGCUGAUUUCUGAGGUAAAAUGCUGGUUAUUAUUCCUAUGCGGCGGCUGCAUUUUGCUGACAGGGAGGGAAGCGGGCGGCGAUGCGCCUGCCGCGAAAUCUCUCUCUCCGGGGCCUUUUGCCCGGCGCUCCGCCGGCUGCAGCUGGGCCGAGAAGGGGCGGAAGAGGCGGCGGCUCCUCCUCCUGCUGCUCCUGGCCGGGGCUGCGGGAGAGGCGGCGCUUGCCGGGUCCGCUCUGCUCGCCGCCGCAUCGCCGCCCGCCCUGGGCCCAGCCGGCAGCCCGGAGAGCCGCUCCAUGGUGGCGACGUGUCGCUUGGGAGGCGCUAGGCCGCGGCGCCGCCUUGGCAGCUUCUUCCCGCAGGUACGGAGGGGCCGGGGAGGCGGGCGGGCGGGCGGGCGGAGGAGGAGGCCUCCUCGUCGGCCCCGCCGUGAAUUCCAGGCCCCCAAUGGGGCUGGAUCCCGGAACUGCGCUCCUGCCCCCUCGAAAGCAGCAGCAGCAGCCGCCGGAUCCGACCCCUCAGGAAAGGCGCAGGCGAGAGAGAGCGAGCGGGUGCUCGGAUCCCCCCGGCAGCCCAAGGGAGCAGGCCGCCCUCUGGCCGCCAGGAGCCCCGCACAUUCUUCCGUAGCGCGCUUUGCAGGAGAUACUCUCCUCUUCCUCCCUCCUGCACCUGAUUUGCGGGGUCCGGCUGCCUUCCCCGCAGGAGUGCCCCUCGGCCCCGCGAUUGUGGGUGCCCGGCCCCUUCGGGGGAAUUGGGUGGGUGCUCGGGCGCCCAGGGAGCCAGUGCCUGUGCCAGACCCGCCAACAGUUCUCUGGUGAAAAUAGGGACGCCCCAUUCCAUAAUGAUCAUUUUACUAUUUAUACCCCACACAUCUUACUGGGCUGCCCCCAGCCACUCUGGGCAGCUUCCCACAUAUAUAAAACAUCAUGAAAAAACUAAACAUUAAAAAAACUUCCCUAUACAGAAUUGCCUUCAGACGGCUUGGAGAUCAAUAACUCCAUAGCCUCCAACAUUUCUCCAAUGAAAAUAGGGACGUUCUAAGGAAAAUUGGGACUUUCCGGGAUCAAAUCAGAAACUGGGAUGGCUUCUCUAAAUCGGGGACAUCCCUGGAAAAUAGGGACACUUUGAGGGUCUGCCAUGCUUUGUCAUAACCCCUUUCCUCUCCCUUUUCCCCACCCUCCCCAAAUUGGCAUGAGCUGUGACCCCAUAGUUCCCUUUCCAGAGGAUAUCACCCACUGCUUUAAUUCUUCUUACACAAAUACCUUCCACCCCUUUUAAGCCAUAGGGCGCUGUUUGCAGGCAAUCCUUUCCGCCCACAAUUUAUCUCCCUUGUCCUUUCUUUCCAUGGAAGGUUGUAUCCUGCGAACCCCACAGAGGGCAAGUAGGUUCCACGAACUGCUGGUUCUUCUCUAGACUGACCAGCAUCACCAGUCCAUUUUAUCAGAUGCACAAAGUGUUAUCAUGAAUAAUUUUAUAGACAGACAGACAGAUAUAUGGAAGGUGGCAGGGUGGAGUGGAGUUAUAAACAUUGAGGUCGGAAGGAAUGAAAUUGAGAACAAACAGACACACUGAUAUGUUAACAGCAGCCAUUCACACGAUAAAGUUGUUAAUAACAUAGACUUCUUUAGUGUGGUUUUAAAAAACCCACUUUUGUCCCAAUUCAGUGUACAAGUUACUGACCCUCUUGAGGACUUGUAAGCUAUUAAAAUAGUAUUAAAAGGCUAGCUUUCCACCAGUAAGAUUAAUAGGCAAGGAAUGGCCAGUGAAGUCCUACCCAACCUUAGGCACCAAUUUACCCCAUCAAAGCUUUUUUAAAAAAACCAAGUGGUUUCAAAUUUGUGACAUAAAUCCAUUUAGAGAGUGGCAUCUUGUAUUUUGAACAGGAAAAUAUCUGAUAAAAAGACAAGACGUGGUGAGAUCCUUCCAAAGCUGCUGCAUACUCUACCUUAGGGGUCAGCAAACUUUUUCAGCAGGAGGCCGGUCCACUGUCCCUCAGACCUUGUGGGGGGGGUGUCGGACUAUAUUUUGAAAAAAAUACAGUGGUACCUAGGGUUACAUAUGCUUCAGGUUACAGACUCCGCUAACCCAGAAAUAUUACCUCGGGUUAAGAACUUUGCUUCAGGAUGAGAACAGAUAUCGUGCUCUGGCUGCACGGCAGCAGCAGGAGGCCCCAUUAGCUAAAGUGGUGCUUCAGGUUAAGAAUGGUUUCAGGUUAAGGACGGACCUCCGGAACGAAUUAAGUACUUAACCUGAGGUACCACUGUAUACGAACGAAUUCCUAUGCCCCACAGAUAACCCAGAAAUGCAUUUAAAUAAAAGGACACAUUCUACUCAUGUAAAAACAUGCUGAUUCCUGGACCGUCUACGGGCUGGAUUGAGAAGGCGAUUGGGCCAGAUCUGACCCCCGGGACUUAGUUUGCCUACCCAUGUCCUAGGUUAUAUCCAAGAUAAAGUAUUAUUCGUGUAUUAUGAUUCUUUUGAUCUUAAGGUAUAUUUCAGCUGCAGAAUGAGAAAUGAGACAAAAAUGCUGAUGGCAAAAUCAAUGAGAAUACUAUUUGGAAGUAAAAGUGAUUCACUGCUAGGCUUGUUUAAUAUUAAAUUCUUUUGGUCCACUGCUUCUAAACUCUGAAAAAGACAAAUAGGAAAAGAAACAUAUAAGAAGAUCCAGCUGGGACAGACUAGUGGAAGGGUUUUGUUUAUUACUAUGUUACCCAGCCAGAUUGGCAAGGCAUUACUACUAUAUACUACUUCUACUACUUUUUGUGUUUUUUAAUAUUGAAAACUGCCCUGUGAUGCUCGGAUGAAAGGUAUAUAUGUGAUUUAUUUUGAAGGGUUAUAUAUACACUUUGCCUUCACAGCUGCCCCCAUCUGUCCUUCCAUGCUAAUAUGUGCUUAGCAUAUUAAAUGCACCUGAUAGCUGGUACUUGGAAAGUGCCACCAUUGAGCUUUUCCUUUGACAGUCUGGAUUGAGAUGCCUUCCUACAUUGUUUUUGUUAUGUUUUCCCAGCAUUAUAUGCUUCCAUUUUGGCAUAUAUAAUUAGAAUAAGAAUGUGUCAUGUAUUCAUGGGUUUACAACAUAACUUCAAAUGAUACCCGAGGAAGCAUCAUGUCUUAAUGUCAGACAUAUGUGUGUAUAGUGCAUUUCAUUCAUAUAUAUACACCGGAGUAACCAUCCUAUCCUCAAACUAAAAAGUUCUGAGUUGGGCCACAUUCAUGUUUAUAAAUGAGUUACCUUACUCUGUACCAAAAAAGUCACCUGGUGUUAUUGUACAUGGUGUCUUCUGUCCGUUCACCUCUUUUUAUCAACAUUUGAAAUGUUAAUCACACAUUUGAAUGUUUAUUCUGUUUUUCAUAAAUGUGUUUAAUCUUUUGUUUAGGACUUGAAAAUAACCGUGUGUGUUACAAUCUCAAAGGUUUUUUUAAACUGAUGGAACUGGAAGAAAUAGGAGGUCUCCUUACUGGGACUUUCUUGGACUUUCCUCAUUAAGGCUUGCAAACUUAAUAUUGUUAUACUAAAUCAUUUGUAGAAUAGUUGCAGAGUGCAAUGUGUUGGAAAACGCCCAGGGGUGCCUGCUAACCCCCAGAACUCCCAACAUCCUCCGGUAUGCGCAACGCUGGAAGAGGCAUCUCCCCGCUCUUCCAGUGUGCUUAGCGACAUAAACCAGCUUGAUUGAUGCACACUAAUCAUCUAGCAUAACACAGCAAGAAGCGUGAAACAUCAUAGUCUAAUUCACUAUUUAUAAUGAAGUAAAAGCAGAAGUACAUUACAAAGUACAUACAGUGGAAGAGAGAUAAGGCUGUUUUCCAUUCCCCCAGUCUGCUCAGACAGGCAUGUGAAUUAUACCAGUCACAUAAUGCAGCAUUGGAGGAGUGAAAUUGCUAACAUCUUGUUGAUACUAGUAGAGACUACUAACAUUGAUAUAUCCAUAUAUAUGCGCACCAAGAUGAGCACUUCUUCAGUUUGGAAAAUCAAAGUUAUAUAAGUGGUUACAUAUAAAUUUAACCUUGGAUUGAGUUUACAUUAUUUUCUGUGAUCCAUUAUUUUCACUGGAGUGAAAUGGGGGUUACUAGAACCCUCUAAGUCUAUUCCAUGGGUAUGCAAACUAAGGCCUGGGGGCCGGAUGUGGCCCAAUCGCCUUCUCAAUCCGGCCCGUAGGCGGUCCAGGAAUCAGCGUGUUUUUACAUGAGUAGAAUGUAUGCUUUUAUUUAAAAUGAAUCUCUGGGUUAUUUGUGAGGCAUAGGAAUUGGUUCUCUCCCCCCCACCAAAAAAAUAGCCCGGCCCCCCACAAGGUCUGAGGGACGGUGGACCGGCCCCCUGCUGAAAAAGUUUACUGACUCCUGCUCUAUUCUAUCUGCCAAACCCAGAUAACUCCUCCCAGAAAAUAAAAUAAAAUUAAAUUAAAUUAAAAAUCUGAAUGAAAUAAAUAAUCCAUUUUGAAAAUCAACAAGAGUCCAAGCCUAUAUGUUUAAAGUUUUAACAGGGGUGGCUAACCACCAGUUCAGGGGCCUGAUCUAGUCUCUCAAGCAUUUUUUCCCCCUGUUUCCCAACACUCUGCCAGUUUUGGAGAGGGCAAUGUGUAUAUAUUUCUCCAAUAUUUGGGGUUCUAUCCAGCAUGAGGACACAUUUGUCUUGUUUCCUAGUCACCCUCUUUGGUUACAGUCCUCUUGGUACUCACCUCCUGAGUUUGCUAUUACAGUACAGUGGUACCUCAGGUUACAUACGCUUCAGGUUACAGACUCCGCUAACCCAGAAAUAUUACCUCAGGUUAAGAACUUUGCUUCAGGAUGAGAACAGAAAUCGUGCUCCUGCAGCGCGGCGGCAGCGGGAGGCCCCAUUAGCUAAAGUGGUGCUUCAGGUUAAGAACAGUUUCAGGUUAAGUAUGGACCUCCAGAACGAAUUAAGUACUUAACCCGAGGUACCACUGUAUCUGGGUCAGAAAUGUAGCAAAGACUUGAGUACUUUCUUUCAUUUGUGGGGGCCCUCACCUGCACAAAAUAUGAUUUAUUGAGAAAGCAAUCAAAACCUUCAGUGUGCCAUGCUGGAUGGCAUUUUGAUGAGGCAGGAUUGUCCCUCUCCCUGACUUUUAUCAGUUUCUGCACUUACUUCCAAGUAAGCAUGCAUAUGAUUGUGCUAGUAAUACUUUUAUUGACCUGUUAUGAGCUGUAAUCCUAAAUAAUACGUGUAGCUAGGGUCUUAACUGCUAAGUACUGAAGGUCAGAACAGGUUCUUAGCUUAUUUGGAAGUAAAUAAGGGACAUGUUUUUGCAAAACUAAUAUAGUAUGCCGAGUUUCAGCCUACUAUUUCCCCAUCUGGGUGUGGGGCUACCUGCACCUUAACUCUGGGAGUUAGGUUUCCUCUCAGCACUGGAGUCUACUGCCAGCUAAGUGUAUAUAGGAUUGCAGCUUUAACCAUUCCAUUUUGCCAAGUUGGAAAAGUUGAAUGUUGCAGACCAAUGAAGGGAUUAUUUAUCUAGAGGUUACUAUUUCACAUUUGCUAUCCCCCAUCUCAGUGAAAUACAUAUUCCAGCCUUCCACAACUUUCCAAUUUAUCAACAUUCAUUGACUAUGAUCAUUGAUGGAUUGAGAGAUCUGAGUCAAGAAGACCUUCUGACCCAGCCAAAAGCAAUUACCAUAUUUUUCGCUCUAUAAGACGCGCCAGACCACAAGACACACCUAGUUUUUGGAGGAGGAAAACAAGAAAAAAAAUAUUCUGAAUCUCAGAAGCCAGAACAGCAAGAGGGAUCGCUGCACAGUGAAAGCAGCAAUCCCUCUUGCUGUUCUGGCUUCUGUGAUAGCUGUGCAGCCUGCAUUUGCUCCAUAAGACGCACACACAUUUCCCCUUACUUUUUAGGAGGGAAAAAGUGAGUCUUAUAGAGCAAAAAAUACGGUAUUAUUAUUUAGUUUGAUUUCGCUUCUAUUCUACCUAUUUGACAUGUAAGCAUAGCAGACCCUGCAAUGAAUUCAAACAAACAAACAAACAAAUGAGUAAUCCUGCAGGUUAAAUUUAGGAGCUGGUGUCUUAACUUGUAUACUGUUCAUAUAUACUUUAUAAACAGUUUAAAUUAAGCAGUAUGAGGAACUUUCAGGGUAAAACACUUUGGCUUCAGCUCAGAGCUGUUUGGAAGUUUGGAUGUGCAGACAGCUCUUACUCGCUUUCUUGACUUGGACAAGGGCAAUCAUUGCAUUUACUGAAACUGUGUGCUUUGGAAUAAGCAAUGAGUCCCUGAAUUUCAGGGAAUUUAUUUGGGAUUAUUUAUGUAUAUUUGCCUAUGGAUUCCAGAUGCUUUGCUUGCAAUAACUGCAAUGUGUUUCAUUAAGACGUAGCUUAGAUCAGUAUUAGGUUAAUUUAAUUGAUCUAAAAUUUGACAGACUACUGUUAUUACAUCAGUGAGGGAAGUAAUAUCAACAUGAAUAAUUUUCAGGCACUGAAAUAUGAGUUCUUAAAAAGAUCUUCCAAAUGUUAAAACUGGAACAUUUGUAUGUUAGCCUUGCCAGUGAAAAUGGAAUGACAGUUAGGUGGAAAUAUAAUAAAAAUAAAUGUUCAGCAAAGUUUAUUAUAUGAGCUGUGAUUAAUCGAAGUUCAUAUUUUAGUUUCUGGAGCCAUAUCAAUGCCUACCUUAAGCAUGGGCGUAGCCGCAGGGGGGCAGUUCCCUCCCCAAAUCAAUAAAAACCAAUACAAAUCUGCCCCCCUAACAAAAGCCUUUCCCCCCAACAAAGCCUGGCCCGUCCAACAAAAAUCCAGGCUAUGCCCAUGAAUGUAAGCUAUAGUUUCUGCAUCUAUGUAGAAGUACAGUGGAACCUCGUAUUAUGGACAGGAUCCAUUCCGGAGGCCUGUCCAUAACACGGAACUGACGCAAGUUGAAGCGCUGUGUCUGUGCAGGCGCAUGGCGUGAUUUAGCGCUUCUGUGCAGGCGCAAGUGGCAAAACCCAGAAGUUACCCGUUCCGGUAUUUCCGGGUUGCUGCGGACACAACACGAAAACACGUAACCUGAAGCGGACGCAACCUGAGGUAUGACUACAGGAUACAGUUGCAGUCUAAUGUAGGAGUGCAAUUAAAGUAUUUUCUGUUGGUGAUACUUCAGAUUUUCUUGUGAGGUUUUGUUUUGUGUUCAUUUCACUUUUACUUUGUGAUGAGAUUUGAAUUGGAAGGCUUGUGCAUUACUGCAUAUUUGAAAAAAAUAUUCACUAAAUUCAGAAGGAUGCUGUUGUUAUCUAAAUUAGAAAACUUAACAUUGCAAUAUGAGGAAGCAUCUUAGUUAAUAAGCUGGGGCCAUUCUUCACAAAUAGUUAGUUUGAAUGUCCUGCACAGGUCUAAGAUGUAACGGAAAUGAUUUUUACCACGUAAUUGCUAAUUGUGGAGCACACUUUGAUAUUUUCCCUUUUGAUACUAUUUUACUAGAGCAAUUAGGAAUUGUGACAUUUUGUUCUUUUUGUUGUUGUGUGAAUAGACUGGUGUGUACAGUGGCUUGCUGAGGUUAGUUAUUUAUAAGAUCAUAGAAUCAUAGAAUUGUAGAGUUGGAAGGGACCCAGAGGAUCUAGUCCAGUUCCCUGCAAUGCAGGAAUAUUCAGCUGUCCUUUAUAGGGAUCAAACCUGCAACCUGGGUGUUCUCAGCACCAGGCUCUAACCAAGUGAUGCUAAAUUUAUGACUAUACUCAAAUAGCUGUUAGCUGUGAAUAAUUUAGUGUGGCAUCAUGUUGCUGCUGAUUUAGGACUGGUUUAUUGGUCUAGUGAGAUGACUUCAACUAGAAACAUUUACUCUUCCUGUUAUGUUUCUGUUUUGUUACUGAAAUUAAGCUUUUCACCUUUGGCAGGGAAUAAGGUGAUUGUGCACGGUAGAAGGGAGAGGAGGAAGAUGACGACGAGAAAGUUGAAAGCAAAAGCAUUAUACUUUUUCCAGAAUAUCUUACAAAGACUGCUUAUCCCACUUGUCUCUUCCCUAGCAUGUUGGUAUCUGUCUACAGUAAUCACAAAUUGAUGAUUUAUGUUCAAUUAAUCAGCAUUUCCAUCUUAGAAAAUUCUACAGGAAGGUAGAACCUGGUUGCAUUCAGUGAACUAGAUGAAGACUAGUUGAAGAAAAAGGGUUUAUGAAGGUUUAUUGUUAGCAUGUACUCAAAACUUUUCCUAGAAAGAAAAAAGCCCCAUGGGUAUCAUUUGUUAACCAGUGGGCUGUUAUGACCAUUGUUAAAUUGAAGUAAUAGGUAUCUGGUAUAUUUGAUUUGAUCUUGGCCAUUUGUUUUCCCUAACUUAUCUAAAAACUGCUCUAGCCUUAUUUGUAUGUAUCUUAAUGGACUGAUAGUCCCAUAUUUGAUAAUAGUUAUUAAUAUACCACACAUAAUGCAUAACAAUUAUGUAUAUUUCUAAAAGAGAGUCUACUUAAGGUCACCAAUGACACCCAGUGGAUAAAUACUGCAAUUAAAUCACUUGAAAAUACCACACUAUUCUUCCAAAUACAGUGGUAUGUCGGUUUUUUAACGUCUCCGUUGAUGAACAUUUCAGUUUUCGAAUGCCAUAAACCUGGAAGUAAAUGCUUCGGUUUUUGAACAUGCCUUAGAAGUCGAACAGAAAUGCGGCUUCCGCUGAGUGCAAGAUCCUGAGGCCUAGCUGUCGGCUAUUGAGUUUUCGAUUUUUGAAUGUUUCAGAACUUGAAUGGUCUUCUCGAAUGGAUUAUGUUCGAAAACCGAGGUACCACUGUAUUCAUUAAACAUAAAGAAGACUGUAUGGAGUUGUCUCAUUACAUUUUUCUAAACCAUUUUAUCUCCUUUUUUACCUUAACUUUCAGUUUCUAUAACUGGGUUGUCAUAUUAUAAUUGCCAUCAGCCUGCCAUAAUAUCUAAAAAGAUGUUUAUGAAUACAUGUUAUCUCUUUUUCAUUCAGUACUUAACCAGUGGUGACUAUAUGCAAUGGCCUCAAGCCACCGGUCUUCACCAGUGCCUCCAUCAAAGAGCAGUGAUGCUUUCAUUAAAAGGGAAGUGGAUUCUGCCAAACGCUUUCGACCAGUGCAGUCGCUGCCAGAUGUAUGUCCCAAGGAACCAACAGGUAAGUGUCUCUAACAAAAUUGGCUUAACUUUUUUCCAAGCUGAGUGCCACGUUACCCCAUUGAAAAGCUGUUGAGUGCCACAUUACAGUAUGUAUGUAUUAAAUUUGUAUACAAAUUUAAUACAUACCGUACAUUCAUACAUACAGCAUAAAAACAAAAACAAAAGAAACAAGAACAAAACCAAAACACACCAAUAACCCCCCUCUCACAAACACAUUUAAAAGGACAUAGAAUGUUAAUCAACCAAAGGGCUGGUUGAAGAGGAACAUUUUUUUGUGGCACCUAAAGAUAUAUAAUGAAGGCGCCAGGUGGGAUCUCAAAGUUACUAGGUCUAGACCCUUACCCUUAACUCUCUCCCUCUCCCUCUCCCCAUACACACACCAUAUCUCAUGGAAACUGACAUCUGUGUUUGAUACACGCGUGUCCCCACUUAAAUGAGGGUUAUGUUCCCAGGUACCACAAGUACACAUGACAACAUGUAUAGAACACCAUCUAAAAAGCCAAACUCCAGCACAAUCACUCCCUCCAAACCUCUUUUCUUAAACUCCAACUCUCCACAGGCCUCCCCUUUCGCACAUUUUUGCAGUUUAAAUAGAUUUAUUUAAUUAUUUACCAGCUCUGCGUGUAUACAUGAGUUGAACACGCGUAAGUGGAGAGACGCCUGUCAUUAGCAGGGUAGGCAUGGUAAAGGUUAUGCUGUUAAACAUUGUGUACCUGUUGAACCUGUUGAACUCUGUGGACAUGACAAACUACAUUCUAGUGAUUUCAGGGGAUCUUUUCUGAGUGUGACUUAGACAGAUACAAUCCUUAAAUAGUGAAUUGACAUUAGUUUGUUUAUUGCACAGUUGCAUAUUACUACAGACAUAAAAAAACAGUAAAUGUUUAAAUUUCGGAUAUUUGCUUUAAACUUGAUAGCCUAUGUGAGCUUGAAUGAAAAGAACAUGCUGGAUGAGUAAUAAAUCAAUUUCAGUAAGAUUGUUUUUAUAGCAAAAACAAUUAAAAUCAAUUUCAGGCUUAUGUAACUCUUGAAAUGCUGCAUUGUCUUCUAAUUCUUCUCUUAAUUAUACUCUUAGGUUCUGCUAUUUUAAAAUUUUUUUGUACCUUUGAAAGGAGCAAACAAUAGUAAAUUACAUGAUGACUGUUUCAAUGUGUAGAAGAUUUGUAGGUCUGUCAUUGUGAGGCUUUGCAAAAUGCACAAAGAUAACAAUUGUUAAUAUGCUUCAUUUCUCUGAUACCUGAAAUUACCUGCUGCAUGGAGAUUUGUAUCUGCUACCUCACUGCCAACAUUGGAGAGGUCAGAGUUUUCUGUUCUACCCUGAAUGCUAAAAGCAAUAUUAAGAUAAGAUGGAUAUAUUUCAGUCUAAAGACAAAGGUGCAGAGCAGUCCUGCAGUACAUAAUUAGAGUGUAAUAUCUUCUUAAGAUAUUUAUUUGUAUAGUUAAUUCUGAAAUUAUGCUGCAGAUUUUAUCUUGUCAUUGCUGGAAAAAAUGCAUGCCUCUUUCAAGUUACUGUUUUGUCUUUCAGGUGAUCCUAAUAGUUUAUGUGACAGUCCAUCUUUAGUUGCUGAUCAACAUAGAUGGACUAUUUAUCAUUCCAAAGUAAAUCUCCCAGCAGCACUGAAUGAUCCUCGGUUAACAAAAAGGGAAUCUGAUUUCUUUACAAAAACAUGGGGACAGGAUUUUGUGGACAUUGAAGUUGUGCCUUCGCUCUACCUCCCACAAAUCAGCAAGGAAUUUUUUGUAACAUACCAACAGGAAAUUGUUCAGGUAAAAGAGAAAUCCUAUGAUAGACCUGUCUAUUUCUGAUGUUCAGGCUGUGAGUGCUGUUGCUUUUGUAGCAAAUAAGCACGGAAAAAGGAGAGUUGGGGGGAACCCAAAGCUAGAAAGAAAGAAAGAAAGAAAGAAAGAAAGAAAGAAAGAAAGAAAGAACCCAUAGUGCCUCAAAACAGCCUAAUGAGGAUUGGGUCUGCUCAGUGGCAAUGGAAUGCUGACUGACUUUUUUUGCGUAUUCUGUGCAGUUUAAUUUGCUACCUCACAGAAGAUGAUAAAAAUGUAUUUGUCUCUUUAAGUUCUUUCACUGUUUAUUUUUCUUCUUGCAAGCUGGCUUAGGACCUAAAUUGCUUGGUUGGUGAGGGACUGAGAGGGAGGAGGUGAGCAGGAAAAGGAAUCUUCUGCCAGACCAGGCAGGCAGAGGAUGAGCACAGUUCAUGCUAAACAAUUUUUUAAAAAGUUAAUGCUAACUUGUCAGCCAAAGCCAGCUUUGAGCUAGUGUUUCAGAUCCUGUUUUGUUAGCCUCAUAGAAAACCAUGAGGAUGUACAAGCAAACCAUAGUUUAGCUACACAAAACUGUGGUUUCCUGUUACAUCUGAAGUGGCCCACACUUAAUGGAAUUUUUUACAUUUGUUGCACACACACAGUACUAUAUGAACAUUUUUUAAAAGAUUCCAUAUGCUGGGAGGAGAAACACGACUUGUUCAUUUAAACAGUUUUUCCUAUUUUUAAGCAGCGUGAUGAAAGAAGUACAAGCUCUCUGUGCACAAGGGCUAAAAGCUUGGAACAGUUACUCUACUCUGAAUGUGUCUGCACACACUCUACCUAGCCCUUCUCAGUUUGAGGAGCAAGGUCUGAAGAGGACUUCAAGAUGCAUUUGACUGAAUGAAUUUGGAAGCUUCCUUGCAGUAGGAAACCAAUAAUCCAGAGUUCCUGAUCAUGGGGAGGCUUCUAAGUCUGUCCAGUUGGAUUUGCAUAGAAGACCCCUUCAUGCUAAGCACACUAAGAUGGAGAGUGGAGGGUUGGUGCUGCUGUACACACAAAAGUUGUGGGACACACGGACACCAGUCCCCUGCACUCCCCACCCCCCCUUGCAUGUUCAGGAUGAAGGCCUGAAGAGUACUUUAGUGCUAAACCUUACAAAGAAGCCUUAGGCCCUCAGGUGCUUUGGGACGAUAUGUCCCACCAGCCAUGGAGAUAAUGGGGGUUGCAGUCCAACAGCAUAUGUGGACCUAAGGUUGGGGAAGUCAACCUUCAGAGGAUAGCCCAGUCCUAUGCAUGGCUACUCAGAAAUAAGAGCUAUUGUAGGCGUUAUUCCCAGGUAUGUGCGCAUAGGAUGUCAGCUUUAGUUAAAGGUAUAAGAAAAAUUGGCCUUGAUAUAUAUAUUUUAAUCUUUACUAUAUUUUAUUAAUAGGAAUGCAGUCCUGAAUUACACAAUUGCAUUAUAAUAGAUUUAAUUUGUCAGUCAAUUUUCAUUUUGCAUAGGAAACUUAAAUAAUGUGCUGUGGGGAAAAAAUGUUUCAAACACAGAAUUUUCUUCACCUUUUGUAGAGAGAAAAGAUUCAUGAGAGAUGCAAGACCAUUUGUCCUCCUAAAGAUACUUUUGAUAGGACACUGUUACAUACUCAUGGUAGGUUACAGGUUUUCUUGUAGCUGCGUAGUCAUUCUCUUUAAUUUACUAGGGCUGCCAUAUGUCCCGAAUUUCACUCUUCAUUGGAUAAUUUGAGUCCCUGAGCGGGGAACAAUGAAGUAAGGUAGUCAUAAAAUAUGCAGGAAAAAGAUAACAAUAUACAGAAAUGACAGAGUAUAGAAAAAUGGGGCUAAUAAAACAACAGCUUCACCAUAAAGCAAGCAAAGAUAAAUUACAGUGAAGACAGCAAUUAAAAUUUCUAAUUUCACCCAAUAUCUUGGUAAAUAAAAUACGACAUCUAGCUGACUGAAAUAUUUCAAAUUGUCUGCCCUGAAUCUUCGAAAAUUCAGCUUCAUUUAAUGCCCCCAAAUUCUAGUAUUUAUGAGAGAGAGAGAGAGAGAGAGAGAGAGAGAAACAUUUCUGUAUUCACUUUCUCUAUGCCAUGCAUAAUUUUAUACACCUCUCUCAUGUACCCUGUCUUUUCAACUCUCCAAUGGCUAGAGAGUGAAAGAGGUGAAUACCUGCCUCCCCACUGCCUGCUGAGAUGGUUCUUCAAUCUACAAAGGAGAAUAUUUGCUUUAAUAAUAUUUUCUUCUAUUUAUCUAAAAUGGCUGAGUUCAGAUUUUUCUUACUUGUGUAUAUUCAAUCUGAAACCAAAUCCAGAAACAUUCCAAAGUUUAAUAAGGGCCUGUAUGUUUCAUAAAAUUGAAAAUGAAUGAGCAAUUGGAGUUUACUGUGGAAAUAUGUAAUUUGAAUCUUCUAUUUGUUGCGGCAUUUUAUUUUUAGAUAAAUCCAGGACAGAUCUGGAGCAAGUACCUAAGGUAUGAUGGAGAUUUUCAUAGCUGUAAGAAGAAAUGCUUUGCUCGUGUAUUUUGCUUAUUAAUUUAUUUGGGCUGUAUGUAUUAUUUAUUGAAUUUAUAUUCCGCUCUAUACUCGCAGGUCUCAGGGCGGUGUACAGAAUAGAGAUACAUAUUUUAGCAUAGCUUAUCAUACUCUUAUAUGUGACAAAGUAUGCAGAAUUUAGGCAACUUAUCAAAAUGCAUCAAUUCCAGUUGUUUUCAGCAAUCUUCCUCUUUUUGAAGUUGUUUCUUUUGCUAGAUUCUGAAGAUUAACUAUUCACAUUAACACUAUAGUCACAUUUUAUUUCAUUUUUGUCCUUUGCUACAAUAAUCCGUACAUAUUUCACACAUACAUAGGCCCAAUGCAAUAAUGUACCACAGCAAGCUUCAGAUUUGUGUGAUCUCCCCUUCUUUCCUCCUUUGUCCACAAGGUUGAGGAAUGGGGGUCUGCACUAUACAGGUAAAGGUGGGAACAUUAGUGGUGUGUGGUAAUGAGAUGUGAUUGACUUCUUUUUUCAGAUUUUUUUAAAACCAGAUUUUGCCUUGGAAGAUCCCCUUACAUUUAAUGCAGUAUUACCUUGGUCUCAUUUUAAUACUACUGGAGGCAAAGGAAAUCGUGAUGCAGCUUCCUCAAAGUUGCUUCAAGAAAAGGUAAAUAAACUCUGUGCUUUUCUCCCCCAUGGGGUACUCAAGGGGACAUAGAACCAGCACCUCUUUUUGUUGUUGUUAAAAAACACUGACAUUUAUUGUAACAACUUCAUGGUGCGUACCAGCACCUAUUUUUCUAGAAAAAAAGCACUGAAUAAACUGUUUCCAUAGCAGGUAUUUGAUCAGUGCAAUGGAAGUUUCUUUAUUAAGAUGCUAACGGUGCAUAUUUUCUUGGCUUGUGUAAUUCUGGUUGAGCUCUUUCAGAAUAAAAUGUUUGUUUGUUUGUUUGUUUGUUGCCUGCCCAUCUGACUGGGUUGCCCCAGCCACUCUAUAAUAUAUAGAUAUUAUAAAGGACUGUUGGUUGUUUCUGUUGGAAGGUUAAGAACAUUAAACCCUAAAAAUGGAUUGUGGCAUAAGCAUUUAAGGCAAGCCACUUUAUCAACAUUUGAAGUGUUGCUUGAUCCUUGCUUGAUACUGAUAUCAUUUCUGAUAUCAAAGGCUCUUAAUCUGCCGUUACCCCAUUUAGGAUGGAUGCACAAUUUAUUUAUUUAUUUAUGUUUAUUCCAUCUCUAUCCUGCCUUUCCUCAAAAUGGCUCAAGGUGGGAUUUGUGAUUCUGCCUUCCUCCCAUUUAUCUUCACAACAACCUUAUGAAGUAGGUUAGUCAGCGAGUCUGAUGUCAGAGUGAAAAUUUGAACAAAGUCUCCAUAAUCCUUGUCUGACGCCGUAACCACUAUAUCAGUUGACUAUCAGCGCUAAUUGAGCCCAGAUUCUUUCUGUUUCAAAGAGAAGCCAGCUGGGCAGAGUGCUGAUUGGAUGGUUGUAGAUUCUGAAGACUCUUCCUGCCUCCAGUAAAAAAAAGGAGGUGUUCGAAAAAAAGAUUGUUGCUUUCUAAAAAGGCACUGAACACACAUUGAGGUGGAUUAACAUGUCAGACACCUGAAAAUACAUUUAAAUUUGAAAGCUUACAUGAAGCAUAGGUAGGAGGCAAAAAUGAACAACUGACUGGGAAUAACUUUGUAUCAAUAAAGGAGCAAAAAUGGGGAAGCCAUCUUUGUUCAGCAGUAGAAAACCCACACCAGUUUUGCCGUGGGAAAUAGUCUGACGCACAUCAGAGAUAUAAUUGAGUGCAGCCCAAAGAAUGGUGGGUGACAGUGAGAAGUUCUUAUUACAUAGUGAGACCAGAAGGCAGUGCAGAAAAUUAAGAAUGCCACAUUACAAUUUAGCGUGUAAGUGAGCAUGAUAUAAGUGAACUGAGCUGUUCAACUGUGGAAUGGACUCCCUGGGAAGGUGGUAGAUUCUCCUUCCUUGAAGGUUUUUAAGCAGAAGUCUGUCCUGGAUGCUUUAGUUAGGAUUCCUACAUUGCAGGGAGUUAGACUAGAUGAUCCUUGGGGUCCCUUCCAAUUCUAUGAUUCUACAAUAUCUUAACAGGAAAGUGGGUAUUCAUUACUCAAACUUGUAAUGAAUCGGCAAAAGCAAGUUAAAUAGGGUAUAUGAACUUUUAAUGGAAGAUAAUAUUGUGGUGCACAAGACACUUCCAGUCAUUAUUGAUCUGAAAGUAUCAAAUCUGCAAAUUAAUUCCAACUUAGCCAGUUCAUGCUGAAGUCUCAUUUUGAAACUUUCCUCCUUGAAGAAUGGCAGCUUUCAAGCCUGUUCUUAAACGUUCAGGAAGAUUGAAAUACACCUCCAGUGUCAUGCUGUAUACUUUUUUCCUUGUUUUUCUUUGUUUAAUUUUAAAUCCAGUGUUCAUUAAAUAUGGUCUGUGUUCCUGGGUAUGUGCAUGUGUGAUUUGUAAAGGCAGCGUGCCCAUUUUACUUGAGUUAAAUGUCUGGUGUUGUGACACUGAUUGUGGUAGGUUAAGAGCACAAAUGUUACAAUAUUGAUUUCUCUUUCUUCCCUCAAGCUGAGCCACUAUCUGGAUAUUGUGGAAGUAAACAUCGCUCAUCAAAUCUCUCUCCGCUCAGAAGCAUUUUUUCAUGCCAUGACCUCCCAGCAUGAGCUGCAAGACUACCUCAGGAAAACCUCACAGGCUGUAAAAAUGCUUCGAGAUAAAAUAGGCCAAAUUGAUAAAGUAAUGUGUGAAGGAUCUCUUAAAGUUUUAAGAUUAUCAUUGACUAGAAAUAACUGUAUAAAAGCAUAUAAUAAACUGAAGUUAAUGGCAACAGUGCACCAAACACAACCUACUGUACAACUAUUACUGUCCACUUCUGAAUUUGUUGGAGCGUUAGACUUGAUCGCGACAACACAAGAGGUGCUACAGCAGGAGCUCCAGGGCAUUCACAGUUUCCGGUAGGUGACGUUUGACAUUCCAAUAGAAAUUCGUAAUCACAUAUAAAAUUAUUAUGAUCAGUUUCAAGGGACAUCUAGUUCAUGCAGAUCUAAGUUGGUAUUCAACUAAAUUAGAGUAGAGCUGUUGAAAUUAAUCGAUACGACUAAGUGAGUAAAGCUUGGCUGCAUACCACCUAUAACUGGUAUCUUUAUAUAUGUUAUUGAGUUGAACUAAUUUACUAUAUUGUUAAUUAUAUUACAGUAUAUUAGUGUCCAGUGAGAAUGUAAUUAGUCAGUUUUUUUAAAAGGCCCUAAAAGUAUCCUUGAUAUAGUGUGAAGUCUUAUUUACAUUAAUAGCUGUACACCACAUAAAUGCAAAAGUAAAGGGUAUUCAGACUGCCCUUCCUCUCUGUCCCAAAUAUAGGCCAAUCAAGAUCAAUGGUUGAGUACAGGUCACCUAGUUUUAUGAGAGAAGGUGGAAAGUUGUCUUUGUCUAUUUUCCUCCACACCAUCCAUAAUUUAAUGAAGCACUGUCACACUCCUCCCUCCAAAAAAAUCUUGUUUUCUAGACUAAAAGGUCCUUUAUAUUUUAGUCCAGGGUUUCCCAAAGUGGCUGAUAAUGACUCCUGGGCUUGAUGGGGCUGUGCAAGGAGUGAAUAAAGACCUAUGGCUCAAAAUGAAUUAGGGGUGGAAAAGAAGCUUGCAGAAAAGGGCAUGUCAUGCGCAGAGUGAGCAUCCCUUGCCAGUGAGGAACCUCUGUAUUUAACAAGAUGAUUCCACAAUACAACCAUAUUCUCAGACCGUGCUGCUUUGCUACUAAAAAAAUUGUCUAUAGGUGCUUUUCCUCACUUUAUUCAUUUACACUGGGUCAUUGAGAACUUCAUAAGCUCAUCCAGGGUUCAGGUGUUUGAGAAACCCUGUUUCUAAGCCUUUCUUAGAGUGAAGAUAGUCAUCCUUUUUGAGAUACGUCGAACAGAAAUCAGUCUAGUGCUCCAGAUAUUUCUUUCCCUUAGAUUUGUGUCAGGGUGUUAAACGCUUUUCUAAUAGUCAUUGAAUGGAGCUCAGCUUUUUUAUUCCCGUGAUGCUCUCUUGCUGGACUAAUAAUUGUGCCCCUUUAGAUUUGUUCUCCAUGCGUUGGUUCUUAUUUACCUUUUUGUUUUCCGUUUGCCCAGAUUUUAGAAAUCCUUUUAGAUCUCCUUGCAUUCUACAAACUUGGUCUUCUCACUGCCCCUUCUGACUCCAUCUCUUUAUUGAAAAAAAUAGAUAGCUCUCACCUCAAUAAAUAUCUUUGGGGAAGCAUUACUGCAUGCAUACCUCCACUGUUAGAAGUCAGUUUACUCUUGCCCUCUAUUUCCUGUUUUUUUAGCCAGCUACUGAUCCCUAAGAGGACCUGUCAACAUCUCCCAUGACUGCUGAGUUCUCAAGAGUCUCUGGUUACUCAUGAAGUGUGUAAUUAGAAUGCAUAUUUUAUAGCAAAUUGUUCUCUUUUCAUGGAGAUGUCUGACAUUAAUGUCACAGUGGAAUUUAAAAGUGUUUUUUUUUCUUUUGCUGCAAAGGAAGACAUAACGUAAAUAAACUGUAUUCAGUGUCCUUUAUUUAUUGUGUAGAAAUUACCCAGAUGAUGCUUAUACAUCCCCAUAUUUUACUGAUAUAGAGAUAAUGGCACUUUCAUGCUCCCUCCCAUAAUUAUUUUAACUUUUUCACACAUUUUUUUCUUGAACAGGCAUCUUGGAUCACAGCUAUGUGAAUUAGAAAAACUCAUAGAUAAAAUGAUGAUUGCAGAGUUUUCUACCUAUGCUCACAGUGACUUAAAUAGACCUCUGGAAGAAGAAUGUCAGAUUCUGGAAGAGGUACAGUACUCCCCAUUUAGAAGGCUUUUUGCGGUCUAAUUGCCUCUCAGGACAUAGAACAGAACACACUGCUGUCAAUGCCUAUUCCAUUCACUUCUCCUCUACAAAAUGAGUUUUCACCAACACAUCUUGAAUCCUCUCAGUGAUUUGAAAGCAUUAAUUUUGGCAUUUUCCAUUCAAUUCUUUUUUAUUUCUCAGCUGUGUCAUAAUGCAUACCACUUGUCCACUCCUUCAUUCAUGGAAGGCACAAAUACAUACCCUGUAUUGUCCUUAGCAGAACUAGCUUCUGUGUAUAGUGUGUGGGGAUGAAUGCAAAGUAUACAUCUGUAGCACAUGGCUUCUACAGCAGCCAAUAAUUUCUGCCGGGCCAGAAUCAAACCUUGACCUUAAUAGUACAGAGACUAACUCCUAUUGUACUUUCCAACAGAUUUGCUAUUUAGCAUGUUAAUUUAUCUGCACUAGUAAGGUUCUAAUCUGCCAUUUGAGUUCUGAUUACCUUUCUUUCACAUGUGAUCUUUAUUCUUGUUUUUUUUUCUAAAUAGGAAAGGCUUGUAUCUUUAGUGUUUGGACUUCUAAAACAAAGGAAAUUGAAUUUUUUUGAAAUAUAUGGAGAUGAAAUUAUUGUAACGGCAAAAAAUAUAAUUAAACAGGUAAUUUAUUUUUGAGGGAUUUUUACCUUUCACGUAUAUAGUAGUUAAAUGUUUUGUGUUUUUUUGUGCUUUUUUCUAAAAAAAAUAUUUAGGGGUACUCUCAUUUUGAUUCAAGAAAAUCACCAUUUUAUAGUUCAAAUUGGGAAAAAUAAAUACAGGAAAUGGAAAAAAGUACAUAGUUUCACAAAAUGUUUAGGGGCAUUCGUCCCCCCAGAAAAAAAGCACUGGUUUUAUGUAUGUCUUCAGGUCUUCUGAUAUUUCCAGGUAUCUAAACCGGUUUUCUUUCUCUAUCAUGAGUUAUACAAAGCCCAAAGAAUGGAUAUACUUUGUUGAUUUAUCAUAUGUUUUGCUUAUUGAUUGUUGUUUGAAACAAUAAUCUAGAUUUUAAAAAUAGAUGUAUUUUUUAUAAGCUGUAAAUAAUGGAGUACCAUAAUCGCUGACCACUGGCCUUCUGACUGGGGAUGAUGGGAGCUGUCAUCCAACAGCUUUGGGGGACCCAAGGUGAGGAAGGCUGCUCUAAAAUACCACCGUUGCAUCUAUCCCAAUCUGGAUUGGGCUUCCCGCACCUGCCAUUUAUUGCUCUCCUCUUUAGUUUAGCUCUGCCCAAUCUUCCUUGAAUCUUCUGUGCUGUUUUGGGAAAAGAGACAUCAUCUUCAUCCUAGCAUUGAAAAGAUUUUAUAUUCUUUGGGUACUAAACACACUGGCUUAUUUUGGACAGUCUUUUCAGGCUUAGCAUACACUAGAAAUGAAGCAAAGAAGGAGAAGCUUUGAAAGGCUAUAGGCCAGGGGUCAGCAACCUUUUUCAGCUGUGGGCUGGUCCACCAUCCCUCAGACCAUGUGGUGGGCCAGACUAUAUUUUUUGGGGGGGAAAUGCCCCACAAAUAACCCAGAGGUGCAUUUUAAAUAAAAGCACACAUUCUUCUCAUGUAAAAACACGCUGGUUUCCGGACCAUCUGCGGGCCAGAUUGAGAAGGCGAUUGGGCCGGAUCCGGCCCACGGUCCUUAGGUUGCCUACCCCUGCUGUAGGCAAUACUUGGUGCAUUUCAGGGUUUCAUUAUCUUUCCUUUUUUACUGUACACAUAAGAUUUUUACACAUACACUUAAAAUGAAUGUGACACACAUGAAUUACACUUAAAAUGUGAAUGUGUAACAUAUAGUGCUCUCAUAGUAAUGUAUGAAUAGGCACUCAGAAUAAUGUUUGAAGGGUACAAAACUUACCCAUUCAGGACAACUUAUCAAAUGUUUUAAAAAGGUAUUUGGAAACCAUAGGCAGGAUUGAGUGAACAUUUUCAGUGGCCUGGGCUUCAGUCCUUAAACCUGGACUUCAGUUUCCUGCAUCAUUCUUCACACAUCACAAUAAUUAGCAGGAGGAAAAUAAAGCUGAAUAAGGUGAUCUGUGAGCAGACUUGCCUAAUGCAUGUGUGGUCCAAUUUCAUUUUCCAUUGUGAAGUUUUUAUUAUUUCAGCUCUGAAUAUUAGGAUAAUCAGGAAGUGUCUGAUUCAGGGGUAGAAAGCUUUCUCUCCAAAUUUAAUUCUAAGACAUAUUUUUCUUAUAUCUUUGCAGUGUGUGGUUAAUACAGUGUCACAAAUAGAAGAAAUAGACACAGACGUGGUUGUUAAGUAAGUAUAAAGUAUAAAGCUUUGAGUUGCCAUGAACUAGAUUUACCAUUUGCUUCUCUAUCCGUGAAUUGCCUACCAAUUUUGUCCACAUGCUUUUUACUUCUUCUUGGCAUCUGUGCUUUUAGCAUAAUUCCUAUAACUUUGAAAGAGUGAAUGUGUUGAUCAUGUGCAAACAGCAGAGGUGAAAAUGGCAGGUCACGCAAGAUACACUUUCUGAAAUUCUCUCUCCUACAUGGCAUUAAAGGUGCAAAGCUUUAUCUCCUUUUCCUCUGCUCAUCAUAGAGAGAGAGAGAAUGAAUUUUGAAAAACUUACGUUAAGGCUGCAAUCCUAUACAUCAGUGGUUCCCAAUUAGCUAGUUUUUCAAAAGCCAAGCCAUGGACCCCAUACUUUUGAAAAUGUUGAUAACUCCAUGGUAGUUUCCUGUACAGAUGAUUUUUUAAAAAGAAAAUGUGGGGUAGCGCCUAAUAAUUUUAGGUAUACUAAAUAAGAGACUAUAAAAUUUGUGAUAUUACCUUUCAAAAAUGACAAAGAUUUAGUUGGCAGGAAGACCAAUUUAAUUUUAUAAACAUAUAGUACAAGUGAACAAAUUAUGACAUGUCUAGCAGCUACUAAGCAUAAAUAAUAAUAAUGAACUUACUUACUUGCAACCCAUCUGGCUAGGUUGCCCCAGCCACUCUGGGCAGUUCCCAACAAAAUGUUAAAAACACGCUUUCAGGUCUGUAGGUGGUUGCUCGCAAGUAAACAGCCAGGACUCCGACUUGUCUUUUACAGGUUUUAUUGAGUUCAAACUAUGUACAGUUCAGAAGUCCAAUCUUAAGAAUGGUUUGUUGAAAGAAGUGAACUCAAGCAUCAAGCUGUGAAACUGGCUUGUUUCAACAAACCAUAGUUAAGAUUAGCUUCUGUUUAGGGUUCAGAUGUAAUGAUAAACUCCAGUUAAUCAAAAAAUAGAAGUGAAAGCUUUAAAUCUCCUCCUGGAGGAGAGGGGAGGAUGAAGUGUGGGAGCUGAGACCACCUGCUGCUUAUUCUCAUCAGGAUAAACCAUGAUUGCUCGGUCCCAGCUCCUGCCAACCUAGCAGUUCGAAAGCACGAAGUGCAAGUAGAUAAACAGCUCCAGUGGGAAUGUAAACGGUGUUUCCGUGCGCUGCUCUGGUUUGCCAGAAGCUGCUUAGUCAUGCUGGCCCCAUGACUGUAUGCUGUACGCUGGCUCCCUCGGCCAGUAAAGCGAGAUGAGCGCCGCAACCCCAGAGUCGUCUGCGACUGGACCUAAUGGUCAGGGGUCCCUUUAGCUUUACAUGUACUACAGAAUUAUCUGCAAAGUUCCUGAAAGUCUUCAGUUUCUGAAACCUCAGAAUACAAAUUUUGCUACAGAAAUUAUGUAAACAUAAUUUAAUGUUGAUCUUCUUCAUCAUUUUUAUUAUGCAUUCCCCCCCCCCCCCCGAGGUGUACUGUUAGUCUUUGUAUCAUUCACCAUAAUAAUAGCACUGUGAGGUGGACCUUAAUAUACCUUUUUAGAGAUUGGAAGCUGAGCCUGAGACGCUGAAGACCGAACUGGCAAGGAUGUACCCAAGGCCACCUUACAGGAUGAGAGUUAAACUGAGUUUAAAUGAAAUUGUAAUUAUUGUUAUAUGGUAUUCUUCAUAGACUUGCAGAUCAAAUGAGGAUGAUGAAUUUUCCACAGUGGUUUGAUCUACUGAAAGAUAUAUUUUCUAAUUUUAUUUUAUUUCUCAAGAGAAUUAAGGUAAGAAGUGUACUUUAUAGACUUUAUAUUGUUAUUAAACCAAUUGAAUUUUGAUACAUUUGGACUUGGAUCUCUUGCAUCAGCUGAGUGAGUUUUCAUGAAAGGCAUUGGAGAGUCCUCUGCCAUUAUCCAAAAGCAGGCAGACUGAAUCUCAGGCAAUACUUCACUGCCCCUUGCUCAGAGCAUAAUCCCUUUGGCAGGUUAAUUGUUCUUCAAAGCUGAAUCGCUGACAUCCUGGGGCCUCUUAGGAGAAUCAAAUUUUAAAUUGAGAGAUCAAGCCUUAAGGCUCCUGCCUAUAAGCUACCCAGAGGUAUUGCUUCAGCUGAGUGUUAAUUUUUACCCUCCUUUGUUAGAUUUACAGUACACUUCUGAAUGAAUUGUAUCCUUGUAUGGCAUUAUAAUUUAUUUGUACAGCUGGAAAUGGAAGUGAAAAUUACCACAAUUCACAUGUUCCUCUGAGGUCAGGAAUGGAAAUCAUACAAGCAAAUACAGUGGACACUCGGGUUGUGAACAUGAUCCGUGCGGGAUGCACGUUCACAACCUGCAGCGUUCGCAACCCACAUCUGCGCACACAUGGGUUGCAAUUUGGCGCUUCUGCGCAUGUGCAAAGCACGAUUUAGCGCUUCUACGUAUGCGCGACCGCCGAAACCCGGAAGUAACCAGUUCCGGUACUUCCGGGUUUCGGCAGUCCGCAACCCAAAAAAACACAACCUGAAGCGGCUGUAACCCGAGGUAUGACUGUAUAAGCUGUAUUCACAAUCUUUUUACUGUGCGAAUAUUACAUGAUUGCAUUAUUUUCUACAUUUUUUUAUGUCUCCCUUCCAUUGGAAUUUAUUGGCGUUAAUUACGCAAUUAACUACACUAGUUUCAGACAGAGCAGAUAGCGAGAUGAAUAAUGUAGAUUUUAGGAGAAGCUAAACUGCAGUAGAACAAGAAACGGUGCUGAUUGUGAGGAACGCAGGGUGGUGCGGAAAUCACUGUUUCCUUCCAUCCCUAGCUCUACAGUGUAACAAAACUAGAUUCAGCAUUGUGGUGUGGGAAAAUAUUGUGAAUUUCUUCAUCAAUUAAAUCUCUCUACGUGCUGAUAAUUCUAGAACUCUGAAAUUGAUACCGUACCUUAGAUCAAGCCCUGAAAGAUAACACUAUCAUUAUUAAUGUUUCAUGUUUUAUCCUUUUAGAAAAAUAUUUGGGGAAAUGGCCUAAUGGCGUAAGUGGCAUAAAUUUAUUGGCCUUAGUUUUAAAAGUCUGCCAGUCACUUUUUGCAGAAUUCAUAUGAACCACCAUGAUUAUUGCAUUUAGCAAGUGACAGAAGAUGUUAUGGGGCAGCAUAAAUGAUGUAAACAUAAUCAUUCUGUUGUGUUCAGAUUUUGCAGUAUUUAAAAUAGAAACAUUCUUGCUAAAAGAUGUACUCUUCAAGGAAUUCAGCACUGUCUCAAUUUUUUUAACCAGCACUUAUUUUAUCUUAGGCAACACUAAAUGUUAUCAGAAGAGUGGUUCUCUUGGUUCUAGACAAGAACCAGAGGAGCAAGGAACUGGGUGAUACUUCUGCUCAGAAGAACUCUGCAAAGGACAGUACCAUAGACGCAGAACUGGUGUAUCUGGCGCAUGAGGGCAUGUUCAUAAGUGAUGCCUUCAGUGAAGGAGACCUCCUGUCUGCAGCAGCUUAUUCUGCCUCUCAGAGAAACCUUUCCCCAGACAGUGAGCCCAGCAGCAGUGACUCUGUAUCUGAGCCAGAAUGUACCACUGACUCCUCAUCUAGCAAGGAACAGACUUCGUCCAGCAUUACACCAGGUGGAAUUGACAUCAUGUAGGUAGCAAAAAAAAAAAAAAAAAAGCAGGAUUCAGUCCCCGCUGCAGCUAAACAAAUUAACGAAAUUAGCACAAAUUCACUGCUUUUAAAUUUGAAAUUGAAAGUAAACUUUCCCAGAUGCUCUAAAAAUGUGAGCCUAAAACUCAGUUUCAAGUUUAAUGCAUAUUCUGCCCAUGUUGGCUUCUCAACUCUUGAGUCUAACACCUUCAGUUUCAUAGCAUUCUGUAGGUUGUACCCAACAGGGUCUUAUGGGGACACUGCAGAGAAGAUGUUAGAAGCAGGAAGGCUGCAGGGGAGAAGAGAAGAAGGGGAAGUCACGGUGUGUGAAUGGAAGUCUGCUCAUUCAGCCUCAGCCAUUAACUUGGCUUCUCUUUUGAAUGUGAUGAUAUAAAUUUAUGACUGCGCUCUAUGAUAUGAUAAUAAAUUGUCCCUCCCAUUUUCAUUUCAGAUCUAAUAUGAUAUAAGUAUUCCAAAUUUUGAAGCCCUUUGUUUUUAGUUGCAGUUAAUUACAGCUGAAGAGCUUUGCAGAUUCUUUCUUCUUUUCUUACCUUUACUUUUCUCUGGUCUCUGUUUGCCCUGUUUAAGAGCCCUAGCUGUGUUCCCUGACUCUACACCCAUAUGAGUUAGGAAUGGGUUUCAGUCCUCCUUUUUUGGCUUCACUGAUGCACCAUAUGGACAUAGAAUUUCCUGUGUUUGAGAGUAGAUAUUAUACAGAGAGCAAGGCAUAGACGCCACAACAGUGAGGUUACCAGCCAUCCACAGCCUUUCCCUGUCAUGAUAUUUGGUAACAUCUUGGACCAGCCUUAGUUGGAGAACACUUGUGGCCACUCAACAAGUCAAAAGGCAGAUCUUUAAUAUUUUUCCCCAUUUCAUUUCUAUACAGCCUCAUAUUUUUAGGGAAAAACCUCAAUGCAGUUUACAGCACAUUUAAGUAUUAAAUAAAACAAUCCAGAAUAAAACAUUACUGAAGAAAGUCAAAUAUACAGUAUGCAUUCAAAGCAACAUGAUUAACAGGAAACUAAAAUAUUAUCUUAAAAAUGUCAGAAAAAAACAUUACAAAGGAGAUAAACUACGGGAUGCACACUUAACACAGCAAAUAAAGCAAAACAGACAUCUUACACAUUUAAAAAGAAAACAUUGCUAAAGGAAAUAAAAUAUCAAAUGCACAUUUAGAAUGGCAUAAAUAACAAGAGAAUAAAAUAUUAUCAUAAGCAUAGAACAUAUCUGCAGCUGUUGCUGCCAGUCCUGCCAAUGGUGGUUCAUGGCGGGUGGCAGCUGUGGAAGCUGCCAAUAUUCUUCCCUCUCUGGAAAUAGCAUGUUGGAAAGACUCAGGUUAGUGUAUACUAUGUUAAACAAAAAUGUGUUCUAGUGGAAUGGUGUGUAAAUAAUGUAAACACGGUGUAAAAGACUUAAAUGAUCAGUAAUUGGCCAUCAAUUGCUUGGUUUUUUGUUUUUUAAUUUUGGUCUUUUGGUCUUUAUUAUUUGUCACUUCACUUGCUGCUGCUAUCUAUUGGACAGUUGAAAAGUCAAUUCUGCUCCAGUUCAGAGAUUGUUAUUGACAUCAAAAUGCAAAGCUCUCAUUGUCUAUGUAGUUGCAUGUGAAUCAUUUCCUUUUUUGAGCAGACUGGUGGGGCACUGGAUUGUUCCAGCUGAAAAUUAUGUGUGAACAAAGUCUUCCUUCUAUUUCUUUCAGGAUUGGUGAGGACAUAAAGCUCUCAGAACUGGAACUAGGUAGAUUAGCAAACAAUAUCCAGGACCUACUUUACAGUGCCUCUGAUAUUUGCCAUGAUCGUUCUGUCAAGUUCCUAAUGGCUAGAGCAAAAGUAAGUUCCAUGCAUAUACCUGCGUCCCAGAAGAGUCCAGCUAGGGUCAUUAAUGUAAUCAUGUCCUUACACCUGGACCCAACACAGUCUAAAAAUAGCCUGAUGUCUAAAAAUAGCCUGAAAGUUGGAAAGGGCUUUGCUUUAUAUUUGAGAUGAUAUUCAUACAAUAGCCCAGGGUGAGGAACUGUUGGCGGUUCAGGUCACUCACCUGUCAAUCACCUGAUGACAUAAUGAUAUCAGAGAGUCCAUGCUGAUGGCGCUUUCCUUACUGCAUAGCCUUUUCAGCCUUUAUAAUGGGGUAGGAUAACAAUGAAAAAAGUUGUGAUGCUGUUACAAAACCUUUUCAUUUAGGAUGGGUUCCUGGAGAAAUUGAAUUCUACAGAGUUUGUUGCUCUUUCGCGACUGAUGGAAACUUUCCUCUUGGAUACAGAACAAAUCUGUGGUAGGAAGAGUAUGUCAUUGCGUGGUGCACUUCAGAGUCAAGCUAACAGAUUUGUAAACAGAUUCCAUGAGGAAAGAAAGACCAAACUCAGGUAUCUUUCUGUGAUUAUGUACAUGUGUGCUUCAAGGCUCCUUAAUUAACGCAACAGCUCCUGAAGCUUCCCACUACCACCACCUUUCGGAAUGAAAGGGCAAACGGUGGGAGAAAUGUGCUCCAUAAGAGCCAUCUGCCUCAGGGUUGGGUAGUUUAGCCCACCCUGACCUCAGUUUCUGAGACAGUGCCAUUUCUGUUGCUUAUAACUCCUUCCCAUUCCAGCCUAUAUUUGGUAUCAGGUUUUUCCCUGAGUUAUAUGGCAUUGUUCACUUAGCUCAGAGCAAAGUCAGGUGGCUAAUUGUUUGGCUAAAGUGUGUCGUCUGAUCUGAGGAACCAGGGUUCAAAUCCCCUUUCAUGAAGCUCACAGGGUGACCUUGGACCAGUCGCCAACACUCAGCCUGCCCUGCCCCACAGGGUUAUUGUGAGGAUAACUGAGGAUGGGGGAAAGAGUCAUGGGCACCACCUGGAGCUCCUUAGAGGUGGAAUAUAAAUGCAAUAAUAAACAGUCAAAGAAAAAAACAACCCAGUAGUUUAAUCUGAGGCCCAGUGUACACAUAAGCAGUAAUAACUUUCUGCACAUUGCAUCAUGUGAAAAGUGAGGAGCUGCUUCCCAUAAAGUUACCCAGUUUUGGUGUUACAGUUAACAGAGGUGGUUUAGUUGAAGUUGUCCAAACUGUAUGGCAACUCACUUCACACAAAUGCCUUUCCACAUCUUACUGAUGGCCACACAUGUGGCUCACUGGAUGUAUGAGUUGGAAUGAAAUCUCUUGAUGGUCAGACUGCCUCAUGAAUUUUCAUUCUCAUUUAUUUCCAUAAGGCUUUUGUCAGUACAGCUUUCUUUAGUAUGCCUGCCACAAUGAUUAGUACCAUAUUUUUCGCCCUAUAGGACGCACCAGCCCAUAGGACGCACCUAGAUUUGGGGGGGGAAUAAAGGGAAAAAAAUUAUUCCCCCCCCAGGCGCGGGGCUGGGGGCGGGGGAAGCCGGAGCUUCCCCCGACCCCAGAACAGGAGCCAGAGCGAUGCUUCGCGCCGGGCUCCCUAGGGCUGCACAUAGCUUUCUGAAGCCUGGAGAGGGAGAGGGGUCGGUGCGCACCGACCGCUAUUACUCACCAGGCUUCAGCAAAACCCUGUAUUCGCCCCAUAGGACGCACACACAUUUCCCCUUCAUUUUUGGAGGGGGAAAAGUGCGUCCUAUAGGGCGAAAAAUACGGUAUUUGAAUCAAUUGACUAUUUCAUGAUUUCAUCCUGGUAAGAAAUUUGAAAUCAGUACGGACACAUAGCUCUUCAAGGCAAUGUGUUCUAAUUGUUGAACUCCCCCUUCCUUUAUGUGUAUAAAUAGCCUCCUGCUAGAUAACGAGCGCUGGAAGCAGGCUGAUGUUCCGGCAGAGUUUCAGGAUCUUGUGGAUUCUAUAUCAGAUGGCAGAAUUGCUUUACCAGAAAAAAAAACAGGAGGUGAGUUUCUUGGCUCCUUGUUACUUUAGUAAUUUCCAUGUGGACAUGAUGCUGCAAAAUGUUGACAGGCAAAUUUUAUGUUUCUGGAGCAGUAGACCAUUUUUAAAGGGUUAAUUUACUUUGAAGCACAGUAGCAAACUGAGGAUGUUCAACCAAAUUAAAAGAAGAGAAAAGGCAAAGGCCGGAGGGAGGGAGGGAGUUGGGAAGGUUUGUCAUACCUCGCAGGGCUGCCUCCUCAGGGCUGCCGCCCAUGUCCCAGCCACCCACUCCUGCCCUGGACCGCUGACUGCAGCCUCUUGCUCCUCCCCUCCCAUCUCAGGGCAAGGUUCAGGACAAGGAAGGGGAUUCUUCCACCCUAGAAUCUAUCCUGGCUCACUUAAUGGCAGCAGCUGGAGCGGCCCAAAACAAAACAAACCUUCAUAUGGCAAAGAGACUGGAGCUCACAUGUCAGCCCACUUGCAGCAGGCUCAUUGGUCAGAAAAGCACUGCCUGCCCGUCCAGGGGACAGGAAUUCCCUUUACCAACACUACCACUUCCUUCUGUUUCUUUCUUUUUCCGUGCUUUAUCAGUGGAGAAGACAUUCAAAGCUUCAGAAAACAAACCAAAGCAAGGUUCCACUUCGAUCCAAAUGGAAGCAAAGUGCCUGUCCAAAGUUCUGAACCAAAAUAAGCUAUCUGAAGCAGGUUUUGGCUUUCCCUGUGCACACUCUCUCUCCCACCCACUUUUUUGGCUUCCCUGCAACCUUUUCCGCCAUCCAAGGCUGCUGUGUCCUCCCUCCCCGACUCUUCUUAGCUACAUAUCCCCUCAAACUUGGCUGUUUCACCCUCCUGAGUAGGAAGAAAGGGGUCGCUGGGAAUUCAGUCCAACAGAAGUGGCUGGAAGUUAAGGACCCCCCCCCCAAAUUCCCAGUUUUUGCUGGUGUGGAUAGUUGAGAGCAGCAGGCGCCUGAAGGGAACAUGGACCCCCUAAUGCUUGUGAGAGAAUCCUGUGUGCUACAAGUUGCGUGGGUGGUGCAUGCUCAGAAAUGGAGGGAAGCAGGUUCUUCAGCUGAGCCCCUGUGCAUUGUAAAGAAACUGUACUUUCUGAAUAAGAGCAUGCCUUGCGCCUGUGCAUUGUAAAGUACAUAGAGGGACUCUGUUGAAGAACCUGCUUCCCUCUGCACCUGAGCAUGCGCCCGGGGGACUAAGCUAGUCCCUCCGGUUCACAGACUGCAUGCCAGUGUUAUAAAGUGGAAAUGGAGGAGUAAAGUACAGGGUAAUUUUCAUCCCUGGGCCUUUUUUUAAAGAGACAGUUGCAAUGUUAUUUGUGUUGUUUUUAAUUUUAGAUCCCCCCUCCUUUUUUAUUCACUUGUUUUAGCACCUGAAGAAAGAAAGCCAACUGACUUCCUUGUUGUUGAUGGACAAAAAUAUGCUGUAGUUGGGUAAGACAUGUGUGUUCCCCAUCAUGGCAAGUUCACUUUUGAAUAUUAAAAUAUUUAUUAGUUUUGUGAAAGUUGAGGAAAACUCCUGAGUAAGUCUCCUGCAUAUAAUUCCCUUUUUAAAAUCCUCAGCAAAUUUCAGUCAAAUGUUUGUUUUCUUUCUUUUGAUCUUAUCAGGUGAUAAUUUGGGUUCCUCCAAAAUUAGUAGCCAGAGAUAUUAUAUGGUACAUACCACACCAGUAUUUCUGUUUUAAGUCACUGCUGUGUGCUCUGAACUUAGGAAAUGCUAGUAAAAAGAAAGAUUCAAAAGUAAGAUUUUUUUAAAAAAAGUUUUUCAUCUAAUUGAUCUUGCUGCUCUGACCCCAAUGUACUGUUGGGAUAGCAAUGAUUAAGUAAGAGUAGGAAUAUUUAAAAGAAGAGGAAGUAAAUUUAUAUGAUUUCUCUAAAAGUGAAUUGAUCAACAAAUGAAAGUGGUUCAUUAACUUUGAUGCCUGUAUUUUUUCUGGGUUGAGCCUCUAGAAUAUAAAACAGGAGGAACUGGUAUGCAUUAGUAUUUUUAUGUUUUAGCUGAAGAUUGUACUGUUAAUGCUGGAUUCCCUUUUUAUAUUGUUAUAUUUAUGUCCCGCUCUUCCUCCCAAGUUGCUCAAGGUGGUGUAUAUGGUACGCCCCCUUAUUCUGUAAGGUAGGUUAUGCUAAGGGACUGUGACUGGCCCAAGAUCAAUCAAUGGAAUUAAUGUCCGAGUGAGGACUUGAACCCUGCUCUCCCAGUUCCUAGUCCGACACUCUAACCACUCCACCAGUCUACUGUAUAUUUUGAAAUUUUGUUUGUCUAUCUAAACACUUAUGCAUUCAGUCAUCACUUAAGAUAUCUUAACCAAAUUUGGCAGGAUGGUUCUAGAGGUCAAAGAGGAGUGCUUUGUCUAUUUUGGAUAGGUUGCUGUUGGCUUCUUAGAAUUGCUGAGCACUCCCUGCGUGUGUGUGUGUGUAGUCACAGCAGUAUACUUCGUUGAAAUAACUUCGGAUCUUUUACCAUUUUGCUGCAGAAAAUUGCACCCUCCUACUCCGUCAAAAACACAUCAGUAGUUGGUAUUUGUGACUUUCCCUAAAAUGCACAAUCUCUUUCACUGACCAUAAGCUAGCUCUACUGAAGCCAGUGAGAAUUUCCCCAUUUAAUUCAAUGGCAUAUGAGCUGAACUCACCUGGAAAGUAAAAUUCAGGAGCCACAGUAGAAAUUGGCAGGCAAUGGUGUUGGCUAAUAGCAAAAGAUGAGAAGGAAAAGGUUGAAAUGUGUUUUUAAAGAUGUUUUGAUGACUUGCAGUCUGUCAUAUGGUCUGAGUGUGUAUGUUUGAUUCUUUGUCUUGCAGGACAGUGUUGUUGUUAAUUAGAAUCAUCCUUGAAUACUGCCAAUGUGUGGAUAGCAUCCCCUCAAUAGCUACUGACAUGCUUACUCGUCUGUCUGAUUUACUAAAGGUACAGCUCCCUCAGGUCCUUCCUAAAAUGCAGGGAAUGUAUCUUGCUUUUUAAAAUAUAUUUUUAUGAAAUGGCUUUAUGAAAAUAAAUAGGUAUGGUCAAGGAAAAUGUGGGGGGAAACAUCAGAAAACUUGUGUAGGACUUUGAACUCUUUUUGAUGCACACAAAAGUUUGUAAGAGAGCUUUCUGUUCAUUUUUUCACCUUGUGGGAUGCAAAGCAACUCCCAGUGUUGACUUUGAUAUUUAAGCCAUAUGCCUUCCUUCCGUCCUGUUGAAUGUCAUUAUUAAUUUUUGUGCUGCUCCUAGCUCACAGCCAGCUGGAUCAGCUUCAGACACUGAGAUUAAACUACAAAUUAGUAAAACAAAGAAUAACUUAAUCUAUAACUGAACAAAUUCAAAGGCCUUGCCUUGUGCUUUGAAAGACCAUUUGACUUAAUGCUGCUGAUAAAGGCCAGUAUUUUCAGUUUCUUGGAAGAGUUGUUUGUUUCUUUUUUAGCACUAAGGUGCUGAUUUCUGCAAGUAUCUAGCUGGAAUAAAAUAAGCACUGUGGCAUUGCAUGUCUCAGAAAAACUAAGAACUUGGUAAUUGUUGUCGUAAAGGAAGUGAGAAUCAUAAAUGUUGGAAGGGAUCCCAGAGUUCAUCUAGUCCCCACCCCCCACCCUGUACGAUACAGAAUCUGCACUAAGACUGUUAGAACAGCAGUUCAUGGAAAGAGGCUUUUCAAGCUCACGUCUCUCCUCCCCACUCCUAGAACCCUCUCCAGAGGUUCUGGGGGACGUAGUCCAGCUGGGUCAGACUAAAGCACUUUCCAGUCAAGCAGCAACCUGUUUUUCACCAUGCCCUCUCCUCUCCCACUCUUUCCCCCCAGCAACUGGUGUUUGGAGACAUGCUGCCUCGGAGGCUGAGAUGGUGCACAGCUAUCAUAACUUGUAGCCUUAUCUUCCAUGAAUUUGUCUAUAAGAUCAUAAGAUAACUACAACAUGACUCCCAAUUCCCAUCAGCCACUGUGUUACUGUUUACCUUUCUCUCUUUCUCAGUAUUUCAACUCAAGAAGUUGUCAGCUAGUGCUUGGAGCAGGUGCCCUGCAAGUGGUUGGCUUGAAAACAAUAACUACAAAAAAUUUAGGUAUGGAUUUGGCUUAAACUUUCUAUGGUCAUGUAAAUUCCCUUUUCAAUUUUCUAAAGAAACUUCGAGUAGGCAGCUUUUCCAGAACAUAUUUUUGUGGUUGCAAUGUGGUUGUAUUGCAAAUUCUUUUAUGGGCAGUAUGUGAAGGAGCUAGCGUGCAAUAGAUAUUUUAAAAUUCAGUUCAUGAAAAAGAGCUGCCUUCUGAUUAACUUUUGUGUACUGGCACAGUAAGCCUUUGGAACAUGCUGUUGGUGAAUUUCUAAAAUAAAAGUAGUAUUUCCUCAUGCAGAAUGCUGUGCAUAUUUUCUUUAUUGCAGUUUGCAUAGGAAAAGAUCUCAUAAUAUAGUAAUAGCUCUUCUGUGUUGUUUUCUUCUGUUUUCUUCUCUGUCUUCACAGCCCUCUCAUCACGCUGCCUGCAGCUCAUAGUGCACUACAUUCCUGUUAUCAGAGCUCACUUUGAAGCUCGCCUGCAACCCAAACAGUUCAGCAUGCUUAGGCAUUUUGACCACAUUACCAAGGUAUUUUUCUAAUAAUUUUCUGGAUUGAAAUACCUUGUUACUAUUGUUGUUGUUAUUAGGUAAGAAAAACCUGCAUGCAUUUUACAUUCCCUGCAUGGGCCGUCGUUUUGGUGGUUCCAACCUAGAGGUGUGCAUUACUAUGGUUGCAUAGUAAUAACCUCAGUGCAAUGUGAAUGUCCAUUUGCUCAUCUGCCUUUGUUCAUUGACAGUCCUGGGAAUAGAUGCUAUGGGAUCUCAUAAACCUUUUUCUUUUCUUCUGAAUUAGUUCACAUCCAUAAUACCAAUUCCAGCAACUGCCAACAGAUUCCCUUUGUGCUGCAGUCCCACCUGCUCUUGCUUCCUUUCUCUAAACUCCCAUCUUCCAUACUCCAUUGUACAUGGGAGAAAAAGCUGUCUUUUAAGCAUCUAGAACAGUGGUUCCCAAUUAGGGGCCCGGGGACCCCUGAGGGUCUGCGGAACACACUCAGGGGGUCCAUGGCACCGUCCCCUGCCAGGGACUUGCUUAUCUUGUUAACUGCACAGUGAAAGCCUUCCAGGGGCCAGCCAGCCUCUGCUCACAACCAGCACCUGCUUGCUGGUAGGGGAAAAACUUGUGAAAGAGUUGGGGGAUGGCAAGUAAACUGGGAUUGGGCAAAAACCUCUGACACAGUUUCAUAGGGAGGGGGGAAGAGAGUGCAAACAGCUCACAUGCUUAUCAUUUUAAAAAAAUGUAAGGGAUCUCUCCCCCCUUGCUCUCUACUUUUUCACUGAAAAGAACUUCUAAUUGCUUUCAACAACUAAUUUAGUUUAGAGGACUCUCCCACUGCUUGGUAGUACGGUUUUCAGUUAAUCUUGCCUUAUGAGUUUGGGAUUCAUGUCUCAUCUUGGAAGCCCAACAGGGGAAAUAGCUAAGCAAAUUGCAACUGUGAUUACCACAGCAGCUCAACCUCUGAUGAUUUAGUUUAGUGCUACGGCUGGGCAAUCCUUUCUUUUCAACAUUGUGAUAUAUCAGUAGCUAACAGAGCCUAGGACUUGCCGAUCAGAAGGUUGGCGGUUCAAAUCCCUGCAAUGGGGUGAGCUCCCGUUGCUCGGUCCCUGCUCCUGCCAACCUAGCAGUUCGAAAGCACGUCAAAGUGCAAGUAGAUAAAUAGAUACCACUUCGAUGCUCCGUGCGCUGCUCUGGUUCGCCAGAAGUGGCUUAGUCAUGCUGGCCACAUGACCCGGAAGCUGUACGCCGGCUCCCUCGGCCAAUAAAGCAAGAUGAGCGCCGCAACCCCAGAGUUGGUCACGACUGGAUCUAAUGGUCAGGGGUCCCUUUACCUUUACCUUAAAUACCGGUAUAUGCUGAUAUAUUACUAUGUCUGGAAUUUAUCUUGGCUUCUUCUUCCCACCUUAGGGCAGUAAGAAGCAGCUGAGAAACAUGGCCCACCCCUACACAGUGAGCGAGUUCCGAUGCCUCUCGGGCUUAUGUUUGAUCCGAGGAGCAUUGGGGCUUUGCUGAAAGAGGCCUCUCGUCCCCCAGCUGAAUGAUCCAGAGGGGGGCUGGAAGCUCCCUUAACUGCACGGCUGAGGGGAGCGGCAACCGUGCACCCUUCAGUGGAGCAGUUUCAUUGAGCCCCCACCCUGCCACCAGCUCAUGUGACCGCAGGGCAAAUUAGAGGCUCCAUAAAACUGCUUGGCUGAGGCAAGGGCAGUCGCAUGCUCCUCCGCCGAGCAGUUUAAAGACGUGGAGGGAGGAACAAGCUGUAUUGUGCCUCGCCGACACAGCUUGUUUCUGCCUCUGUCGGUGUGAGGGCAGAGUGGGAUGGCGGCUUCACUCCGUGGUAGAUUGCUGGUGAAACGGCUUCAGCUCCCGAGUUCCUCUGCUACCAGCGCCAGCUGGAGGGAGCCAAGAGCUCAAAGAGAUUAAUGAGUUGAGCACAGGAGGACUAAAUAGCAGUAAUAAAUUACUACUACUACUACUACCAUCAUUCCAACAUUCCAGCUGUUUUCCACUCAGUCUUCCCCAAUGCCUUAUCAAGCCCUGGCCAAGCCUUCACCUAUGUCUUGAAGGUGCAAGAUCCCUUAGUUAGCAGAACCAUAUGCUGCAAAAUUCUGCUAGGAUGUACCAUUUCAGAUUAGAAGUAAGGAAUAGCAUGUUUGAAUACUCUCUCAUACAAAAAGCCUUCUGCAUAUAGAACAUGUACAAGUUAGGGACACAAUUCCUUUUUAAAAAUUCAGUUGUAGUGGGGACACGUUUUUCCUUCUGUCUGGUGAUAGGCAGUUUUUGGUAAUAUAACAAAUUUUACAUAAAAUCCUUUAGUAAAGCUAAAAUCCCCUAGGCUACCCCACAUUUUCCUCAAAUAAUUGCUUUGCACAGGUAAGUAGGGGUCUGUGGCUUGGCUUUAGAAAAAUAGGGGGUCCUCAGUAAUUAGCUAAUUGUGAACCACUGAUCUAGAAGGAUUGAGGAAGACAAAGUCUUGUUUCAUUUGCAUGGAGAUUUGGAUAAGAUAAGAAACUGUAAUGGGCUUGAGAGAGAUGUCAUUUCUUCCAUGCAGAAGGGAAAAAAUUGCUUUUCCUGACUUUCAUACUGUUGCACAAGUCAGGGAAAUCUCUUGACUUUUCCCAAAACUCCCAGCUGCCACAGGUGUUGGUAGUGAGGACAAAUGUAGACUAGACUAAUUGGUCAGCCGGCAUUUGUGGGCGCCUUCCAAGUAAGUAUUACUGAUUAAAAAUGUAGCAGCAGCGGCAAAUGCAUUGUAGUCAUCUUUGUUUUUCUUCAUGCCUUCUGGAUAGGCUCUUUAGGACAGACUCUUGCAUAAAUAUAAAUAAUAAAUAUUAUAUUCUUUUCAGGAUUAUCAUGACCACAUAGCUGAAAUUUCAGCAAAGCUCGUAGCCAUAAUGGAUAGCUUAUUUGACAAGCUGCUCUCUAAGGUAAAUAUUUGCGGAUGGAAUCAUGCUUCUUAACAAAGGUUUAAGUUCUUCAGCUCAUGCAGAAUACUCAGUGGGUACAUGGACAAUACUUUCCUUGUUCAGGUGCUUAUUGUUUCUUAGCAGUUCAGAAUGCUUAGGUAUUUUGACUACGUUAGCAAGGUAUUUUUCUAAUAAUUUUCUGGUUUGAAAUGUCUUAUUUUUAGUAUUGUUAUUUGUAGCAGAGAAUUAUAGAGGAUACCUUUAAGUUUUAUCAGAUAAUUGCUCCAAGAGGUCCACUGUGCAGUAUUUUGCUAACUUGUUACAUUAGUAGUUCAAUGGCAAAUAAAAGCAUAAAUGUCCAGAUGUGGACCCCAGACUCAUAAGGCAAGGUCAGGUGUGCCUCCCUUAUACCUGAAGUGUCACAUUCUUAAACAAAGAAUCCAGUUCCACUCCAAACCCAGACUCUGUGUGUGCAGAGGUGGACAUGGGAGUUCCCCGUGCAAACAGCCCCUCCCAUUGCAUGCUGAGCUAUAUUGUAUGUACAUAAAGUAACUAUAUUGUGCAUAGCUCUAUUGUGCAUCGUAUUUGCAUUUGCAGAAAACUUACAUACUGUUCUUUGGGGCAGUUUUUCUUAACAGCUGGGAAAGAGGAUAUUUUAUGGUAGUUAUCUGAUCAGAAUUUUAGCACAUUACAAAUCAUCUGUAUAGCACAUCAUAGUUGAUGAUGAGAAACUGAACCAGUCAGCAGAAAGAUUAUUACUCCUGAUGAGACUAGGGUCUCAGGGUUGGAUACAUUAAUUUCAAAUACAAUGUUAAAAAUAGUUUAAAGCAAUCUACUUGUGGUGAAACCUGGCUCCAGAAUCACAAAAAUAGGGUGAUUUAGGGUGAAACUCUUAAGAAGAUAUUUAUCAGGUGUCAAAGGCCAAGGUAAAGAUGCGUGCCUUCAGCAUUCAUUGAAAAUAUAUGUUGAAGUUGCCAGGCACAGCUUUGAGGAGAGAGUUCUACAAACUAGGGCCUACCACAGAGAAUGCCUUCUCCUGGGCCACCACCCCAAGUUUCUGUGGACAGCAGAACUACCAAGCAGGCAUCCCCUGCUGAUCUGGAGACCUGAGAGGGUCCGUAGGGAAGGGGGUGGUCCUUCAGAUAUUUGGGGCCUGAAUCAUUUGGGCUUAAAAUGCUAACAUAAGCACCUCCUUAGAUUGGGCCCAGAAAUGAACUGGCAACCCAUGAAUUUCCAGUGUUUUUUAAAGUAGCAGCCAGAAAACAACUUUAGUGACACAUUCCCUGUCUUUGUUAAUAGUAUGAGGUGAAAGCACCUGUUCCUUCCACCUGCUUCAGGAAUAUUUGUAAACAGAUGGCCAAGAUGCAUGAAGCAAUAUAUGACCUUCUUCCUGAGGAGCAAACACAGGUGAACCGUUUUGAGUGGUGUGUUUAUUUCUGCUGUAGGAGUGUCACGUAUGCUCCCAAUAGUUGAAGAGGCAACUGCAAAUGAAGUCUACAUUUGCUGAUUACUCAUAUAAGGAGGAUCACAUCUCAUGUUAUUUAAGAUCUUGGCUUAAAAUGCUAUGCAUAUGUAAAUUAUUCCUUAUUUUAUGUAACACAUAAAUAGUAAACAUCCAAAAAAUAGAGAUCAGUAUUGGAAUAGCUUUACCUCAUUUGAAAUAUGGCUGCAAGUCAAGCCUUUAAUUAUGGAGUCUUUUAAUAGCCUUGGGGAAAUGGUCCACUAGGUAUUUCUGUGUUGUCAUGCUGAACCAGGUGGGUUGGUUCCCCCUAGCAUUCAAAGGCAGGAAUGUUCUUAGGAACUUGUAACUAACUCGUUCCCAGAAGCGACCUCAUUCUGGUUUUUUUGCCAGGUUAGAGAAGGAAGAAAUUGUGGGAGAUCUGCAGUCAACCCUAACAGUGCUAGUGAGUAUAGAGUAGGAUCAGUGAUGGGAAAGAUGUUCUUCUCUCCCUCUUUCUCAUGCUGCACACCAUGGAGGCAGACAUGCCUCUACACAGCUCUCUGCCUCGUGUGUCUGAGGCUGCCUUUGCUGCAUUUAUCAUCCCAGAAACAAGUAUCUUCAUUUCUUAAUGUUGCUACAUGUCUGUGACUUGAUUAAGUAAGGCAUUUUUAAACUAACUUCAGAGUGUGGUCUAUUUCAUUGUAUGGGGUGGGGUAGAAGGGGACCAGUUGACUCAAGCAGCAGGAAUGGAAUCAAAAGGUUUAAUAGCCCAAUCCUGUGCUUCUUUAAUCUGCUUGAUGCCAGAUUUAAACUCUGCUACUGGGGCUCUUUAUGCACUAGUCCCGUGUUUUUAAAAACUGGCACCAGCCAUUUCCCUAUUGUUUGUUAACCCACACACAUGGGUCCUCUUACCAAUACCCAUCAGAAGUUUACAGGAUCCACACAAAGAUGGAAGAAAGUUCCAGUUGCAAGCAGUGCCCGGUGGUAUUGUCUUGCCAGCGACCCAGAGUAGUCUGCUGCCAUCUGUGGAAAUAGUGACUGAGGUUGCUUCUGGAAAUGGGCUAGUUAGAAGUUCCUGAGAGGCAAGUAUAUUCCUGCUCUCAAGUGCUAGAGGGAGCCAAACCCACCAGGUCUAGUAUGGCAGGAUGGGAGAAGUAAUGGACUCUUUUUAUUUAAAACAAGUAACACAUACUAUUUAAUUGCAGAUAUUGUCUCAUUAAUUUUACUUGUAAGUUUGUGUGUGCUUGGGCAAGGAGAUUCCCAUGAAUCAGAAAAUAAGUAAACCAUUUCUUGGUACUAGUUUAAAUAUUAUGGCCCCUACGUGAAAGCUACUGACAACCAUAUCUCCAUGGCCACGCCCCAAGUGGGACUGUAGCAUCUAUAAGUAGCUUCACACCACCACUGUAUAUUAUUAACCUUUGGCGCAGUCCAUUCAUGCAGAGUUGUUAUGUGAGAUGACAUCAUGAAAAAAUAUGCCAUACUUAAGCAUGGUUCUGAAGGAAUGGGUUUCCCAAACCCCAUGGGGGGGGGGAGUACCCCUCCUCCCUGUGCCUUGGUGCGUUGGCCAGGAAACCCCAAACAGGGGUUUGGGAAACCCAUUCCUUCAGUUCCGGGGGAAAGUAUGGAGAACUAGGGGGUUGUUUUUUAAAAUAAAAACAAAAAUGCUGGAACCAUUAUUUAUGAAGUGCUCAUUAUUUUCUGUGCUGGCGGAAGUGCACAGUGGCACAUAAAUGCGAAGUUGGGUAUGUACAUGAAACUGAGUACAACUCACAACUUAAGUGCAUUUAACUUGCACACAUAUGCUUGGCAAUAAAAUAAAAAUAAGGGGGCAGACAUAUGGGAAAAGAAGAGUUUGGCAAUCCUACCCACCACUGAACCCAGUGUGUUUUGACAUUACACAAUUUUGGCUUUACGCGCUAGCCCCAGAACAUAACCUCGGCGUAAGUUGAGUCUUCUGUAUUCUUCAUAGUCACUCCUCAAGAGAACAAAACCUUUCACCUUCUUACUAUAUAUUCUAAAAAGGAACAUCUUCUAUAUUGUUCUCUAGAUGUUGUUUUUAAGAAUUAAUGCAAGCUACAAACUUCACUUGAAGAGGCAAUUGGCCCACUUAAAUGUAGUCAAUGACGGAGGACCUCAAAAUGGGUAUGUUACACAAGGUUUUUUAUAUAGGAGUUCAAGGGUAAGGCUGCUAAAUACAGUCUAUCUCCUUUAAGCAUUUGAUUGAUACUGCUGGAUGGCUGUGCACAGAAAAGGACCUAACGCUAUGGGAAAGAACACAAGUGUUGAGAUCCAGAAUACAAUAAACGUUUUGAGAAAGAGAAUUCUAGCAAGAGAAUAUGGAAUUUAAUGGAUGCAUAUUUGAUGUAGUUAUAGAAGUUAUAUUAUUAAACACAAAACAUAGUAUUUUGUGAUUUUGAACAUCACAGCUCUUCAGGAAUUAAAAACAGUUUUACUACUACCUUACACUAAUAGUAGAUGGUGAUAUUUUCAAACUGUAUUAACUAUACAGGGUGGCCCAAAAGUAGGUAUACAGUUGAAUCAAUGAAAUUCAUCACAACAGAUUAUUUGGGUACACAUAGGUGACACACAACAAAGUUGCAGUUAAAUUUCAGGCUGGCAGUUAGAAAUAAUAGUGGAGUCAGAUAAAAGGAUUAUUGUGAAUGAUGAUGGCAAACUUGAGUCCGGUACAAAGGAAAUGGAUUCUAAAGCAGUAUACCUACUUUUGGGCCACCGUGUAUUUGUGUUGAAAUGCAACACAAAUACAGUACAAAGCAAAAUAGAUCAGGCUUAGCGCACAAGACCAAGUGCACAACACUUAGCUUGAAACAAGAUCUAAAAUUCUUGCCUAUAGAUCCAGCCCUUUUGUCUCCUCAAUGUGUUUAUUUCUGUUUCAGAUUGGUUACAGCAGAUGUAGCUUUUUACACUGGAAAUCUCCAAGCUUUGAAAGGGCUUCAAACCCUAGACUUGAACAUGGCUGAAAUCUGGGAACAGAAGAGGUGAUAGUCCAGCAGAGCAGAAUUGCCUCUUGGCAUGGGAUGGUUUCUUCUUUGUAGAAGAUGAAUUAUUGGAACAUAGAAGAGGAAGCUCCCUUGUGAUGUGGUGAAAACCAACUAUGGGAAUGACUUUGAUAGUUCUUUUGCAAGAAAAGUGAUCAGUUCUCUGUGCAAUUUCUUCAUUCUUUCUGGAACGAGGCUCAGGUUUCUUUGGACCAAAUCCAAAAGAAUAUAUAGCUGUAACACAGCUGUAGUUUUCUAGAGAGUGCUCUGUAAAUCUUUAUAUUAAAAAGAUGCUUUGCAUUUCCUCUAGUGCAAUGAAAUUCACAUGGUGUCUCACCUUUAUUUAAUGAUGGUAGUUUGAAAAUUCUUGCUGUUGAAUUAUAGAAAAUGUUUUCAGUAUAAAACUUUACUGUUAAAUUAUUUUUUUACAGAUGUUUCUAUAAAGUCUUAUCUGCAUAGAUUUGGAUUUGUUAGGGUGCAUCCUGUUCCAAAGUAUUUCCAUAAAUGAUCUUCAUACUCCCACCAGAAGAUGACAUUUUAAAUGUUUCCCAGCUCUUGAAAGUAAAGCCCUGCAACUUAUUCUGAGUAUAAGGGCAUGUUAAUAAGAUAGCUUAUCAUAGCCAGUAAGCUUGUCAAACUAUGGGGGGGGGGGAGUGUGUUAAUUUUUUGAACACUUCUUUUAAGAACCCCUGCCCACUCUAUUUAAAAUGUUAUGUGUAGUUCUGACUACACAUAAGUGCAGCAGGAGAUGAGGCAUGACUAAUUUAUGAAUACUUUUUCUAAUGCUACCUUUCAGGCUGGUACCUGCCUCUCUUAAGUAAUGAAGUGCCUGUGUAUUUCACCUCACAGCAUUUUUACCUAAACCCAGUGAGUGCCUACUCUUGUGAUGAUUAUGUACAAUGAUAGUCCACCAUGUUUGUGUGCCUGUGAUUUCUUCAGACAGGCAUGCCUAUCUGUUAACAUUAGCAGAAGCCGUUGUCAAUCAAAUAAAGUUGUAAAAAUGAGCUGUUUAAGAGAGCAACUUCUUUAAGAAUAGGAUAAGCACAAGGCCAGAUUUUGUUAACAACACAAAAGAAAAUUCAGACAGGGGGCUUGAUGUUUUAUUUCCGUACCUUCCAGAUGUGGAAUUUGUUUCCACAUUUGUAACAAGCAAAACAUGAUUUAAUUCUAAGAACAUAAAGUACACUGAGGUGGUGAUAUUUUCCCAUAUUUAGAAGUACAUUUAGGAUUUCUUAAGAAGUAAUAGCUAAAAAGUAAGAGAAGCUAGAAGAUGAGGGGUGACAGUAAAGGAGUAACAUUCUAAGGUGUCUCUUCUUUGGGUAAACAGAGAGCAAUAACUCCAGCUUUAGAGAAGGAUAAAAGUGAGGUAACUGAGCAAUGCUAUCGUUGCUGUGAUGGUACUAUAGCCUGAAGGUAUUAACUGUAGGAAGGAAGACAAUGUUAACAGUUAAGUACUAGACAUUUUAAACAGCUUAUGUGCCAUAUUAAUAAAUCAUCUAAGUGUUUUAUCAUGGGUGCCAUUUAUGCUUUAUAAGGUGGUUGCACUUAAUAGUUAACAGCAUAUUUCACAGCUUUUUCAGUUACAAGCCAUUCAAAACUCAUUGAACAUCAGCAUCUUAAAACAUCUUACACAAGAGAUGUCUGCCUUUUCUUAAGACAAACAAUAUUGCACUUUAGAUUAUAUUAGCUGAAUUAUAGAUUCAUUUAAAGAGCUGCAUCUUAAAUAUUCUUUCAGUUAAGAAAGUUCAGAAAAAUUACUUAGAAAUAAUACUGUUGGUACAGUGAGUGGAUAGCUAAGUAUAGAGACCUUCUGUGUACAAAUCUAAUGCCUAUGGGUUCUUCCACUUGUGAAACUAGGAAAUAUUACCAACAUCUCUAUUAGUUCACUUAUUGGAUCAGUGAUCAAGGAUCCGAAGAUUUCCAGAGACUAUUUUGUUCUCCAAUACAGCUCCUGGUGGGAUAUCUAUCCUGUCACCAUGGUUUGCAAUGAUGAUGACGGUUCCCUACAUAAUAAAAGAAAAAGGGGGAAAAAGUCAGAUCCUUUUUUUUAUUGAGUGUGCUGCUUGGACUUGAACUCUUUAAUUAGAUUUUCUUAACUCAGCUUUUAACUGUUUUGAAUUAAUUCUAAUACAUUUCAUACAGUGAUUCAUGCCAAACUUGUAUGGCUGGUAUAAAAUAAAUACAUCCUAAAUAUUUACCUAC